AUGGAGGAGUGUGCUUGCCUCUGUGGCGUGGGCUCUGCGCGGGGACGUCGGUGUCGUCAGAAGCGCCAGCGCCCGGCUGAGAAGGCAGCGGUCGAGGGCAAGCCGGCCACCCUGGCCCCGGCAGAAAAGCACGUCGAGGCAGACGCGGCAGCGCGGUGCUGUGCGGAGAGGGGAGGAAUCCCGAGCCCCAUGCCGCCCCCGCCGCCCCAGCGCUGCUCGCUGCAGGACCUGCCGGUGGAGAUGCUGGUGGAGAUCUUCGCCUCGCUCCCGGGCACCGAUCUGCCCAGCCUGGCCCAGGUCUGCACCAAAUUCCACCACAUCCUGCACAUCGACAGCAUCUGGAGACAGCGCUGCCGGGAGGAGUUUGGCGUUCGUGAAAACUUGCAGAACCUGGAGAUGAUCGGUAUGUCUUACCGAGAAGUCUAUGCGAAGCUGUUCCACCCAUACAGACACAUUUUGGGAUUGUGGCAGCUAGAUAACGACUAUGGAACAGUGCUGAAUGUCGUGGUGGAUGGCUUAUGCAUUACUGGUUGGGCGUACAGGCCUUCCCUUAACACCGAUGUGGAUGGCCCAAUACAUUUCAAGCUCUCAUUCAGAAUUCGCCUGACGAAGCGGAAAUCAGCCACGGUGGAGUGCAUGGAAGGCCGUAUCAGCAGGCCCCACCACCGCCAUGUGCAGAUUGGGAAGGACAGGUUCACCACCCAGUGCAAGAUGACAGACCAUCGAAAGGAUUCACCAAUGCGGCUUAGGGGAGAAUGGGGGCGGGUGCUGGUGCAGGAGGACGGACAGCAGUAUGACUGCCUGACCUACCGCCGCCUCUACCUCCCGCCUCGCCGCCCGGACGACCUCAUCAGGCCAGGCCUCUUCCAAUACAACUACGAUGCCUUAAGCCUAAAGAUUGCCAUGCUCAGCUUCCAUGGGAAGUAUGCCAGGGUCACGGGAACAGACAAGGCGUUCGAGAUCCAUCUCAUGCGCCGCAUCCAGCUGCGAGAUGGCGAGAUCUUCCGCAACUUCCAGGAGCUCUCCCGCGUGGUCCAGGAGAUUGACAAGCAGGUGAUCCGGGAGCAGCAGCAAGAAAACCGGACUGAGGAAAGCGAGGGCCAUGGCUGGCAGAGCCCUGCCCAGCCCAGCCUCGGGGCUGCAGCUUUAGAGGAGCAGCCUGUCCCGUUUGUUCUGCCUGUGGGUGUGCGCUCAGGAGACCAGAACUACCCCCGAACCUGCAGGAUGUGUUUCUAUGGCGUGGACACUCUUACUGUUACCUUAAGUGGCUUCACCUUCACCAGGCGCUUCCCUGGAGUCUUCAUCCUGUUUGAUGAGAACCACUUCGGGUUCAUCUGGCUGGAGGUGAAAUACUUCUUCCUGUUCGGCAGAGUCCAGCACACCUUCCAGAAUGUGGAGGCACCAUCCCCGCAGGCCUUCCUGGAGAUGCUCAAGAACAUUCAGUCCAUGCCCUAA